UCCCAUUCUACACUCAUUUAUUGUAAAUCUUUAUAAAUAAAAAAUACAUAAAUAUCCAACAUUUAACACAAUUCUGCGCAUUUUAUAUUCACCUUGGUUUGUUUUAUCGACAUUUUUCGACAAUGAAAACCCACAACGUGACGAUUGCAGUCGAACCGUUUUAUUUCGAAAGAACCUUUUUUAAUCCUGAUUUUGUCAGAUAUUUCUUUGGAAAUUAUUGGCAUUAUUCCAUCUACAUCUCUAUCAUCUACUUGAUGACCAUCAAGAUCCUUCAGCAUCACAUGAAUGAUCGACCUCCUUAUAACUUCAAACGUGCCUUUACGAUUUGGAAUGGACUUUUGGCUAUUUACAGCAUUUGUACUAUUAUAAGAGGAAUUCCAGUUCUGUACGAGGCAUUUAAGCAACUAACAUUUUAUGAAAUCAUAUGCGAUAAGAAUUUGACAGAAAAUACACCAGCGAUCUUAUUCUGGACAGUUAUAUUUGUAUUUUCUAAGGUUUGGGAAUUGGGAGAUACAAUUUUCAUAAUAUUAAAUAAACGAAAUUUGAUGUUUCUUCAUUGCUAUCAUCACGUAAUGACGGUUAUUUUAACGUGGUAUGCUGUAUUCAGAGAGUCCAGCUAUUUAACCACCGUCAUCUACGUCAAUACUUUUGUACAUUCGCUGAUGUACAGCUACUUUACUCUAAAAUGCAUGGAAAUAAAGAUAUUUCCAAUUGUUGCCAUGUUGAUCACAGUUAUCCAAAUUACACAAAUGGUAUAUGCCUUUCUGCUUACCAGUUGGAUUUAUUGGCUACUCAUAAAUGGACAUCCAUGCGAUACUCCAUUGGAUGUGUUAAAAUUUUGCUUUCUUUUAUUUAUGUCAUACUUGUAUUUGUUUACAGAUUUGUUCCAUAAGUCUUAUAUUCGUAAACUUAGGAGAAAUAAAAAGGAAAAUUAACUAUAAUACAGCAUUAUUAUAAGUAACAGUCAAGCUAUUAACGUAACAAAAUCUUAAUAAAUGUUCAUAAAUGACCGAAUGUCUGUCUCACUAACAACUUUUAUUGUAUUACCCA